AUGGCGAGUAUGAGAAGCAGUGUAGAAGCACUCCGAAAGCAACGGCGCUGGACUGAUAUGGCAGAACUUCAAACCAAAAUGCUUCGCUCGAACGAGCAAACUCUUGGUAACGAGCACCCAGAUACCCUGGCCUUGAUGCAUGACUUGGCCAUAACAUACAGCAAUGGAAAAAACCCAAGGAAUGCUGCACAAAUAUUUCAGCCCCUUUACAAUACUCGCCGGAAGCUGCUAGGGCCCGAGCACAAGACAACGCUCACGACAAUGCAUUAUCUGGCAGCCACAUACACAGAUCUUGGUAGACUCAACGAAGCCCAAGCUCUGCAUAGAGAGUUGCUUCUGAUCCGAAGGCGGCUUCUUGGAAACGACAAUGUCGAGACCCUUCGUACCAUGCAGUAUCUUGCGGUCACUUGCGGGAAUAUGGGUCAAUUGACUCAUGCUAGAGAUUUAUACGAGGAAAUGUUACCUAUCCGCCGUCGUAAACUAGGCGAGGAGCACGAUGCAACAGUACUGGUGAUGAGUAAUCUUGCAGUGACUUACACGGAUUUGCGGCAGUUUAUCGAGGCGGAAGCCUUGCAUCGAGAAGUGUUGACAAUACGGAGGCGUUUGAAAGGAGAAGAAAAUACUGAAACUAUCCAAACAAUGCACUACCUUGCAGUGACUUAUGGGGGAAUGGGAAGACUGGCAGACUCUGCAGAAUGGCAUGCAAGGGUUCUGCCUUUGCGGAAACGCUUACUAGGACCCGAUAAUACCACAACAGUAGUUACAAUGGCCCACCUGGCAACAGCAUACACAGAUCUGGGACGGUUCCAUGAAGCCGAGGAUUUGCAUGUUCAACUUAUGCGAAUCCGAAAACACAAGAAUGGUAUAGAGCAUAAAGAUACCCUUCAAACGGCAUAUUAUCUUAUUCAUGUCUAUGUUGGUCUCAAGAAGUCGCGGGAGGCCGAAACACUACUCCUGGAAAUGCUACCUAUAUUCGACCGAGUACACGGGAAGACCCACGCACACUCUUUGACGGGCCUAAGCCACCUUGCAUCAAUUUACGAGCAAUCAGGGCAUUGGAACGACGCUGAGCGCUACGAAAAAGAGCUAUUUGAGCGCCGAAAGCAGUUCCAUGGGGAGACUCAUCCCGAUACAUUGGCAUCCAUGAAGUCUCUUUCAAUAAUUUAUCAGAAUCAACGGCGAUGGGGAGAAGUUGAUUUAAUUGAAGAAGCAAUAACGAGUUUGAACCCUGGUCUUUCUGGUUCCGCUGCUCAAACGCUUUGGUACACAGCGCCUACAACUCUCCCAAUUUCAUAUGGCCGACUUGGCACAACACCGGAGCCCAUUAGUCCCACCCAAAGUAUUGAGACAGUAACUCUGUCGAAAUUCCUGGGCUCAGAUCAACCUGAAUCCAUCGCUUCUUUAGAGAUAGACGCCAUUUCCCUAGUAGAGCAGGAACGAUGGGCUGAGGCAGAAUCAGCUCUUGCCAAUGUUUUAGUACGACGCCGUCGAGUUCAAGGUGACGGGCAUCCGUUUACCAUCCGCACAGCUUCAAAUCUGGCCUCAUUAUAUCAAAGCCAAUCAAAAUACGAUGAAGCGGUCAACGUGCUUCAAACAGCGCUGACCCGACUAGGUCAAAGCCCGGGUGCUGCUAGCGAGGAUUCCCGAGCUGAAAUCGAUAGCCGGCUGUCUGCCUUACGCAAAGGACAGAAAAUAUUAUUAGAAACUCCUCAGAUCCCUGGAGCAGUGCAACAUCAAAAACGCCUUUUGAUUACAUCUGCUGUGACUUCCGAGGAUAUUUUAGCAUAUCUCACGAAUAUACGUUGCCCAGAUUUAACCCAGAGUCUUGACGAAGCAAGCUGUGGCGGCCCAAUUCAAGACGGGGGGUUCGGUGAAAUCUGUCAAGGGAGGUUAAAUGACGGAAGAGUCGUGGCCCUCAAGUCUCUUCGCGAGAUCAAUCGUAAGAGACUCAAGUAUUUAGCUAGAGAACUAUACUCUUGGUCAAAAACCGAGCACGAUAAUGUGCUGGAGUUAUUCGGAUUGGCUUACCUUCGAGGAGGUAUCGUCAUGGUCUCUCCAUGGAUGGAGUUUGGUAAUCUACGGGACUACCUGAAACAAAAUCGAAGCGCCAAUCGCCUAUCGAUGAUGGUCCAAAUUACGGAAGGAAUCGAUUAUCUUCACAAUAUACCCAUGAUUCAUGGUGAUAUCAAAGCCGCCAACAUAUUCGUAUCUAAAGAAGGGAUUGCAAAGAUUGGUGACUUUGGAACCUCGACUUUCCAAGGGGAACAAAGUGUAGGGUUUUCCUCGACUUCUAAUCCAAAUCUAGUAGGAACUAUGCGAUGGAUGGCACCAGAAAUGUUUCACUCAAAUAGUGCACACACCCGUGAGGCAGAUAUAUAUGCUCUGGGAAUGACAGCGCUUGAAAUCUUCACUGGCAAAGCACCCUUUUCGGAGUACGACCAUGAUAUUCAGGUUAUUAGGGCAGUGGCAUUAGGGACAAAACCUACCUGCCCACCAGAGCUUAUCCGGCAACCCAAGUUAUGGACCCUCCUCAACAAGUGUUGGGACCUAGUUCCUCACGAGCGGCCAACAGCUAAACAUAUACUAAGUGAAGUAUUGGAAUUUACAGGAGAUCAUAACGUCGACUCUUGGACUUUGGUCUGA